ACACCCAGACAACUGCUCACUGCCUUUAGUCCCCUACCCUCCAGCUGGACAGCAAGGGGUGAAGUGAGGCUGCUCCUCAACCUCCAUUCUUUCUCCUUCUCAAACAGCGUGAACAGCACCGGAGAUUAGCACAAUGUCUGACACUGAGGAGAUCGUGGAGGAGUAUGAGGAGGAAGUGGAGGAAGAAGUUGAGGAGGAAGAGGAGGAAGUAGAAGAAGCCCCUCUGAUAGAGGAGGAAGAAAAAGAACCCGAGCAAACGGAAGAAGAAGUGGAGGAAGAAGAGGAAGCAGAACCUGAGGAUUCCAAACUCAAGUCGAAGCCGUUUAUACCAAACAUGGCGCCACCCAAAUUGCCAGACGGCGAGAAGGUGGACUUCGACGACCUCCAUCGCAAACGUGUGGAGAAGGACUUCAACGAGCUGCAGAGUCUCAUCGAGCAGCACUUCAGCAACAGGCAGAAGGAGGAGGAUGAGCUGAUCGCCCUGAAGACGCGAAUCGAGCGACGCCGUGCCGACCGUGCCGAACAGCAACGCGUCCGAGCCGAGCAGGAGAGGGAGAGGCAGACCCGGCAGGUGGAGGAAAAAGCCCGGCGAGAGGAGGAGGCCGCCAAACUGAGGGCCGAGGAGGACGCCAAGAAGAAGAAGCUCCUCAACAACAAGGUCUACGGCGGCUACAUGCAGAAGGUGGAUCAGAAGAAGGGCAAGAAGCUAACAGAACGUGAGAAGAAGAACAAGGCCCUUUUGGAGCGCCGCAAGCCCCUCAACAUCGACCACCUGAACCAGGACAAGCUGGGCGAGAAGGCCCGAGACCUCUGGCAGUGGCUGAGCCAGCUCCAUGCUGAGAAGUUUGAUCUGGCCGAGAAACUCAAACAGCAGAAGUACGAAAUCAGCGUGCUACGAAACCGUGUCAGCGACCAUCAGAGGUACUCCAAAGCCACCAAGACCACCAGGAAGAACUGGAAGUAGACAUCACUGCUUAUUAUUUAUUUGUUUUUUUAUUCAGCUUUGAAGAAACUCAUCACAUUAUGUUCAAAUAAUUCCUUUAUCAAGAAAGAAUAGCCCUGUCCAUUUCGGAGCUCUUCCUCUGGUAUCUAAUGUGCUCCAUGUAGUUUUAUUCUACUCACAUAAAAAAAUACAAAGCUUAAAGAUUUUAUUUAAAUUUUCUUUCAAAAGGUUUUGAUUUUUUUUUUUUCUUUUUCAUCAUGUGUCACAUGUGCAAUGGACAUUUUCUUCUUUAUGUUUUUAGAUUAUUGCAGUGGUAAAUUGCAGUGUUAUCCACUGUGCCUUUCAUUUCUAUCUAUCUAUAUAGUGUAAUGUUGUAACGGCGUGGCAAGGCAUGGGCAGUGUUAACUCACCAUAACAGACAGUACAUUUUAAAAUUGAAUGUUGAUAUGUACAAGCUUGGACCACUUGAAAAUUCCUUUACCCACACCUAAACUAAAAAUCUAAUAAAAAGAUUUAUGAAAGUA